CACCCCGUCUUCGGCCUCCUUCAUAGAGCGGGGGGGAGGGCGGGCGGAAGGAGGCGACACAAGUUUGUGUGAAGUUGUGAAAAGUUGUCAACUAGAAAAAAGAAGACAAACUCCUCCCGUCUCCAAAUUAUGAGCAAUCAGCAACAGGGUGAAAUGGCCGCGGUGGAGAGCGGCGGAGGCUUCAGUCAAAAGCGAAACUCCCAAGACUCUCAGCAACCAUCGCCCCUGGCUCUGCUGGCGGCCACUUGCAGUCGCAUCGACACGCCGGGGGAGAGCGACUCGUCUGUCGAGCAUCAGCCAGGCCAGCAGCAGCUGGACAUGACCCAGGGCAUCUUAACCUCCAGUGCCAACGGCUGGCAGGUGGUCCCCAUCAGCGUGCAAGCGUCGUCGUGUGUCAACACCGUCACCGAGGCGGGAAAGAGCAGAAUGGUGCUGUCCCCGUCAUCGUCAUCAGCGUCAUCAUCCACAACCACUGUGAGCACUCAGGGACAGCAGCAGCAGUAUGUGGUAGCUCAGGCGCCAACACUACAGAGUCAACAGGUGCUCACCACCAUCCCCGGCGUGGUGCCCAACAUCCAGUAUCAGGUCAUUCCUCAGUUUCAGACUGUAGAUGGUCAGCCGCUGCAGUUUGCACACGGCCACCAAGAUGCCAACGCAGCUUCUGGACAGCAGUUUCAGAUCGUGUCUUCUGCCAAUGGGCAGCAGCUCAUAGCCGCCGCAAACAGAGGUGGCGGAGCGGGAAACAUCAUCGCGAUGCCCAGCCUUAUUCAGGGCUCCAUCCCCCUCCAGAACAUCACAUUGGGGAACAGCGUUUUGCAGAACCAGCACCAGUUCCUAGCAAACAUGCCCGUGUCGCUUAAUGGAAACAUCACACUGCUGCCCGUCAACACCGGAGCUGGUGGCGCUGGAGGAGAUGGGAAUAAUGGCGGAGACACGGGAAACCAGCUUGUCCAGCAACUGCCGACGUCUUCCAGUAGUGGUUACCUGACGAAUGUCUCCAGCAAUACCACUCAGACCUCCGCCUCGUACGGUAUGACCCAAACACAUAGUAGUGGAGCCGUGGCGGGGACAUUCCAGCAGAGCGGAGGGUCUUCUUUAGGCGUCCCCAUACAGCCGGACAACCGAGAGGCGCAACAUCCGCAGCAAAUCUUCAUCCAGCCUCAGCAGCUCAUCCAAGGAGGAACGCCCCUCCAAACCAUCCAGGCCGGUGCCAUUACCACAGCGGGCGGCCAGGUGUUUGCCACUCCGACAGUCAGCCAGGAAGGCCUCCAGAACCUCCAGAUCAUGCCAAACACAGGCUCCAUCCUGCUGCGCACGGUAGGGCCCAACGGCCAGGUCAGCUGGCAGACCCUGCAGAUCCAGAGUCCAGCGGGAGCACAGAUCACACUGGCCCAACUGGGUCAGACUCAGGGAGCCCCUGCAGCUGGCGGACUAUCUGUCAACGCAGUGCAGAUACCCGGGCUUCAGACCAUAAAUCUCAACACUCUUGGAGGCUCGGGCCUGCAGAUGCACCAACUCCAGAGUGUUCCCAUCACCCUUACCAGCACGGCAGAGUCUGCAGGUGACCAAACGAUGCAGACGGGUGCCGAGAGUUUGGACGACAGCACUGCCCUGGACGAUGAGGACAUCAGCCCGCCGCAGCAGGGACGACGUAAUCGCAGGGAAGCCUGCACCUGCCCUUACUGCAAAGAUGGAGAGGGGCGUAGGAGCGAUCCGACCAAAAAGAAGCAGCACAUCUGUCACAUCAGCGGAUGUGGCAAGAUCUACGGAAAGACGUCACACCUGAGGGCCCACCUUCGCUGGCAUACGGGGGAGCGACCCUUCGUCUGCAGCUGGUCCUUCUGCGGCAAGCGCUUCACUCGCUCCGAUGAGCUUCAGCGUCACAAGAGGACGCACACAGGCGAGAAAAGGUUUGCGUGCACGGAGUGUCCCAAGCGCUUCAUGCGGAGCGACCACCUGUCCAAGCACAUCAAGACCCACUUCAACAAGAAGGGAGCGCUGGGCGCCAACAGCGGCGUCCUCUCCACCAACCCCGCCUCGCCGGCCAUGGAGGGCAGCUCGGACGGGCUGACCGCCGGCGAUCAGCACACCAUCGUCGCCAUGGAAACCCUAUCUGCGGAGAGCAUAGCUCGGUUAGCCAGCAGCGGUAUCAACAUGGUGCCGGUGGACCUGAAUCACAUCAACGGGGGCAGCUACUAGGAGGUGCGUUCAAAAUGGCCUAACGAGCGCUUCAGGUUGAACACUUUUUCUAUUAGAGCGGAUUUAAAAACCUGUGGCAUUUAAAUUUGUUUACAGAAAUCAUCAAAUCUUUUUUGUAUAUUUACUUUGCCACCUGGAAGGUUGAUUUUAUACAUCAUGAACUUGACAUAUUUCGUGGAAUAUUAUGGAUAUCAUAGCCAAACAUUAAAAGUCAAAAACAGCAUUUUUCUUUGUGGUUCUUCGGGACAACUGGAUGUUUUUUUUUCUUUUUCCGCCCUACAAUCCAACAAUUGUAAGAUAAAAAAAAAAAGAGCCUGGAUGUAAUCCUGGGACGAACUAUUUAACAUGUUGAGGUACACAAAACAACCAGCGUGUGUGUAUAUAGAAAUAUAUAUUUGCUAAAGUCAUGACAGACAAUGUUAGGAUCGUCCGUCUUAAUUGUGAGACUUUUUUGCCUUUCUUAAUCUGACCUUUGUUCAUGUGUGUAGGUCUAGUCUUCCAAUAAUAACACUAGUAUCUUUCUGGAAGCUUCUUUCUCUCUCUGUGGUACAAGCUCACACUUUGCCUUUUUGUCUGUCAGAUUUGUUUGUAUGCUCAAACCAAAGGUUCAUAAAGCAAAACUAGCAGUUGUGUUGGGGCUGCCAAGUGUGCAAAACGAGGACACACUUAUUAGAUGCAGGAAGGAGAAAGUCUUCUUGACUUUACCAUUUGUACGUUUGAAGCUGAGACAAACACUUCAUUUUACAAGUGCUCUUCUUUUUCAUGAGGGAUUUUAUUUUGUAUUCUACUGCAAAUGCAAACUGCUGGAUUAAAACCUGAUAUUCUCUCUU